AACAAGAAACCAAGUGUCAUUAAAAAUUACAGAUAUCAAUAAUAAUAAUAACAACAACAACAACAAUAUAUAUGAUGUAUACCAAUGCAAAGUUGUCCUAAUUGUCAGUAAAUAUUUUACAAAUAAAAAAUAAUUGUUAAAUGAUUUUUAUGAAUUAAUCUUGACUGUCUUGUAAUUAAAAUAUCAACAUGUCAAAUUUAAAAGAACCAACAAAUUUAAUGGCUAAGUACCAUAUUAUUAAUAAUAAAUUAAAAAAACGUUUUAUGAAAAAUCCUAACUACCCAGAAAUUAGCGAAGAAUUCAUCUCAUUAGCAAAAGAAUGUGAGCAGAACCAAGCUUGGCAGUAUGCUGGUUUGUGUUAUACAGCAGCAUCAAGGUGCUAUCGCAUAAUGGGAGUAACAACGUCUGAGAUAAAUUCAUUGGUGCAAGCUGGAAGACAGUACUUGGUAGCCGAAAAACAGAAUACGGACAUUGGGUGUCCGUCUUUGGGUCAAGAGAAUAUUGUUGCAGCUACUAAAUGCUUCCUCGAUGCUGUAGAGCGGGUUCCUGAUGCACCAGAGUUCAAAGUGCUCGUUUCUGAGUGUCUGAGAGAAGUUGCGUCCUAUCAAAAAGGCACAUCAGCCUGUGAUCAGUUGCUGAAAAAAUCCAUCAGCAUUUGUGCGACUGUGGAAUCCUUCGACGCUUUGAUAGUCAACAGUAUAAAACAAGAUAACUAUGUUGAAGCUCUCAACGCGAUUAAUGAAUUAAUUAGUCUCAUUGAAAGUACAGAGUCAAAGACGUUGACUCGCUAUCGCCAUUCUUUACACAACGCUGAAAUCAAUCGGCUUUUUUUGGUGUUAAUUAUGUAUCCCACGUGUUUCAAGGUCCAACCGGUGCAUAAAAAAAUUCUGGAUAAUUAUAUUGCUAAUGAAGAGAAUACUAAAAAUUGUCUCUGCUUGUGCGAUGACGAAUUUAUUUUGUUCCAGUCGUUGAUCUUGGCGUGUCAGUCUGAAGACAUUGAAGCUAUUUUAGAUUUAGAAACAGAAUUGUGGGAUUAUUUAAAUGCUUAUCAGAAAGAUCUUUUGAGAGUACUUGUUCGAAUUAUAACUAAUGAGUAAAUUUAUUUACAUAGAUAAAUUUUAUUUUAUUAUUUUUUAUACUAAAAAAAUAUUU